CUUUUAAAUGGACUAUUGCAAGCAUAUUUAUGUUUUCUUAAUCAUCUUUGACAUUUCUCAAUGUGUGUAUGUGCUUGCUAAUGGAACUUUUAUUUGGCUAUUAUCAAACUGAAUGUAUUAUAAUUUAUAAUCGCAUACAAAGUGGAAACUUCAACAAUCAGAAUCUUUUUCUUGAAGAACCAUAGAGAGAAUUUCCACUGGUAUUUGGCUAGUCCCAUCAUAAUCCAUGUUACCAUUUCGUUGGCUAUAGGAAGCAGUGAAUUGUUUAUAUUACACAGCUCACUUUACAGAUUGUUGUCAUGUAAAGGGAUGUAUACCAUGGUUGUUCUAGGCCCCGUCUUAAGGUAACUUCCAUUCUUGAUAGUAAGAUGAUGUCACUAUGGACCUAUCCCAAGUACCAAGUUUUUAAUGGAUGGGAGUUUCUGGAUUCUCAUAUGAUAAAACUACCACAAGAAGGAAGGUGGAGUGCCUAACUUUGUGAAAUCGUAUAUGUGCCUCAUUUAGUAAUAUUAUAAUAUGAAUUUUUUGCUAUGUUGGGUGGUUUCUGAAUAUUCUUGGGUUAGAUGUCCUUAUAAUCUGCCAUAUUGGGUGGUACAAUAUCCUUAUUCAUGUGCUUUACAGAUCAAGUUAAUGUUUCUAUAAUUCUUUACACACUUAUUAUGUAUGAUGACUUACCUCUAGUUUAUGUCUAAUAUUUCUCCAGCCUGAAUUAUAGGUGUUUGCACCUUAAUGGUUUGUCUGUAGUCAUAUAAUUUUGUUUUUGACCUUUGCGUUUUCUGGAUGGUUCUUGUUCUUCUCCCACAUAAAUGCCAUUUGAAAACAUGUAUGCUUCUUUUUAGACUAAAUUUUCUUUUGUUAUAUUCAAAUGUUUUCUUCUCUUCCAGGUACAUGCUGUCCUCUACAUGCCAACAUGACUUCCUCAAUCUUGCUAUUUACUAGAAUGAUCUUAUUUUCGUGAUCACUUUCAGUCCAUGAAAUGUUUUUCUUGCAGCAUUUCCAUUUUUUGGUUCUUGUCAAUUGUUCAAAUGGAGGAGCUUAAAUUGACCAUAUAUUGGUGUGGUUUAUGGGUGAAUGCUCUCAUAUUUCUGUGGAUUUUGAUGAUAUUGUCUCUGUGAUCUUGGAGAACUAUGAAUCUUUCCAAACAAGCUCAGAGAAAUCCGAUCAGGAUAAGCCAUGUUCUCUUGACUAUAAGGUGCUGGAAUUUCUCAAAACUGGGGACAAUGCUCCUCCCAUCUCAGAGCUCCUGGAGAAUGUUCCAUCUUUGCCACAGACUGCUCAUGCCAAGGAUGAUGUGGGAAACCCCAAAUAUUGGUCAAGAAUUUGCUUGCACAAUAUGGCAAAGCUAUCCAAAGAAGCAACUACCAUACGGCGUGUCCUUGAACCUUUGUUUCGCUAUUUUGAUAAAGGAAAUCAUUGGUCGCCUCAGAAUGGGCUUGCUUUUAUGGUUUUGUUGGAUAUGCUUUUGUUGAUGGAAAAAUUGGGACAAAAUACCCACUUUUUGCUGUCUCUUUUAAUCAAGCAUCUUGAUCACAAAAAUGUUGCCAAAGAACCUAAUCUACAGGUUGACAUUAUUGGUGUUACCACCCGUCUUUCUCAGUACUCAAAGCUCCAAGCUUCAGUUGCAAUUAUUGGUGCAAUCAGUGACCUGAUGAGACAUUUACGCAAGAGCAUGCAGUGUUCUUUUGAGGCGACAAAUUUAGGUGAUGACAUCAAUAAGUGGAACCAUAAUUUUCAGUCUUCAUUGGAAGAGUGCCUUAUACAGCUGGCAAAUAAGGUAGGAGAUCUUGGGCCUAUCCUUGAUAUGGUAGCUGUGAUGCUGGAGAAUAUCUCAACUUCAACCAUAGUUGCUAGAACAACAAUUUCAGCGAUUUAUCGUACUACACAAAUAGUGGCAUUCAUUCCUAAUGUAUUGUACAACAGUAAGGAAUUUCCUGAAGCUUUAUUUCAUCAGUUACUGUUGGCAAUGGUCCAUCCAGAUCAUGAAACACGUGUUGGAGCUCAUCGUGUGCUUUCUGUGGUGCUUUUACCAUCUUCAGUUGCCCCUCAGAUUGGGUCAGUUUCUUCAGAGUCACCAAACGGACCACUUUCAACAACUGUCCCUGGCCUUUCUUCAUGUGCUGGUCUUUUUGAAAUGAUCGUAAAAGAACAAUCUUCCAAGCUAGGUGCAUUGCCGGGAGGAAAAUACAAAGGUAAUAUGAUGGAAGAUGGAAUGAAAGAGAAAUUGGUGCAAUUGGGUGUUGAUGCAGGAAACGAAAAGGUGAACAAUGAUGUAAAACUGUACACAGCUCAUCCAUCUCAAAGUCGAUCUUAUAGUAUGAAGCUAUCUUCUCCACGUUUGGUGACAGAUGGAGGAACUAUUACUGAGACUGAGAAGGAUGCUGAGCCAACUUCACUUCGAUUGAGCAGCCCCCAAAUGAGUCUAAUGCUUUCAUCCUUAUGGGUUCAAGCAGUAUUCCCUGAAAAUGCUCCUGCAAAUUUUGAAGCAAUAGCUCAUACUUACAACCUCAUUUUAUUGCUUUCUCUAGUGAAGAACUCAAGUCAUGAGACUCUAGUUCGAGCAUUUCAGCUUGCAUAUUCUCUGAGGAGUAUCUCCCUUGAGCGGGAAGGUGGUCUACAGCCAUCUCGUCGACGAUCUCUCUUUACAUUAGCAACGUGUAUGCUUAUAUCUCUAGCAAGGAUUUACAGUGUUAUUUCACUAAUUCGUAUUUUAAAGGCACUGCUUACAGAUAGAACGCUUGAUCCUUAUCUUCACUUGGUGGAAGAGAACAGGCUGGUGGCUGUUGUCCCAUCUGGGAAACCUGUUUAUGGAUCAAAGGAAGACGAUUCUGCUGCACUGAAAUCCCUCUCUGCAAUUGAAAUCACAGAGGAACAUUCAAAGGAAUCUUAUGUCUCCCUCAUUAUGAACAACUUGGGAUCUUUGCCAGAGGUCGAGUCCUCGAGCAUAAGGCAACAGUUACUGGAGGAAUUUGCACCAGAUGAUGCAUAUCCUUUGGGGUCACAGUUGUUCAUGGAGACCCCCUGGCCAUACUCCCCAUCUGCUUCAAAAGAUCAGAAGCCUUUUGAUGAGAUCAUGUCUACAUCUUUCUGCACAGAUGAUGAUGCUUCCUUGGAAAUGUUUGGAAACCAAAUCAAUGACAGUACACAGCUCUCAGACUCUGAGGUGAUAAAUGUCAAUCAAUUGAUUGAGUCGGUUCUUGAAACUGCCCGACAAGUUGCAAGUGUCCCAGUUUCCAUGACGCCUGUGCCUUAUGAUCAAAUGAAGGAGCAGUGUGAGGCCCUUGUUAUGGGGAAACAACAGAAGAUGUCUUUGCUUAUGAAUGGCAAGCAUCAAGAAGACUUGGUGUUAUGUGAUUUGCCACAAUAUGAAGAAAGAAAAGGCCUAUCCUCUCCUCAGAAGAAAAUAUAUGAUACUAGGAGCUUAGAAGAGACAGAUGAAAUACGAAUGGUGGUCGAUUGUUCCCUGUUUUGUUCAAGUGAAUAUCAGCAAUCUUUCCGGCUGCCGCCUUCGAGCCCAUUUGACAAAUUCUUGAAAGCUGCUGGGUGUUAGUUGAAUUGUCGGCUCCCUAUGUGUAUGUAAUAUCGUGAAUCUCCGAUUUCUAAAAUGAAUUGUAAUAUUUUCUUUCCCUAUUUAUAAUCAUUUUUUAAUUCAUUAUUUGUACUUUUUGUCUCAUAUCUAUGAGUGUUGUUGAAAUUAAAUGUGAUUGUGUGAGAUGGCCAAAGGUGGCUUGUAGAGAAAAACUAUGUAUAUGGUGAAAGCUUUUUGAAUACCCUGAAAUUAGAAUUAUACAUCAAAAC